AUGGCCGCAAAUGACAAGGACCUGGCAUCGUUUUCCUCGGUACCAGCCCCCGACGAUGACUACAUCGUUUGGGACCUCUUGACUAUGGAGGUGAAGGAUGAGAAGGAGAAGGAGAAAGUGAUUGUCAACGACAAGGAUGUGGAGAUGGGUGGCGAUUCCAACACCGACGACGAGGAGGAGGAGGAGGAUGAGGAGAUGGGCAGCAACUCCGACACUGAUGAUGAGGAGGGGGAGGAGGGGGAGGGGGAGAUGGGCAGCAACUCCGAUAUGACCGACGACGAUGAGGAGGAGGAGGAUGAGGAGAUGGGCGGGAACUCUGAUAUGACUGAGGACGAUAGGAGGAGGAUGAGGAGAUGUGUGACUCUGACAUGA